CCAACAUGGCAGAGGCUGUGGUCAGUCUUCAUUUGACUUGGAAUGGUUUCAAAUCGCAAACAACCGCGCUUAACCUGAACACCCAUUCAUCAAGCAUAUCCAGUGGAUCGAUGUUACUCUAAUCUUUGAAGCAGCACUGUCAUAUAUACACAGGCUUGAAGACAUGAUCACUAGCACCGGUAUUUAUGGCCUAAAGAUGCAGUGGACCCCAGAGCAUGCACAGUGGGCCGAGCAGCACUUUGAUAUCUCCUCCACCACACGCUCUCCUGCACACAAAGUGGAGGCCUACCGGGGGCACCUGCAGCGCACCUAUCAGUACGCCUGGGCCAACGACGACAUCUCUGCACUCACCGCCUCCAACCUGCUGAAGAAAUACGCAGAGAAGUACUCUGGGAUUUUAGAGGGUCCGAGUGAGCGAGCGCUGCUCUGCUCCUAUUCCGAUGGCACUCCUGGACUCCUGAAUGGACGUAAGUCAGAGAGUGAGUCCUGGCAGGAGGGGAUUUACCCAAUGAACUGCGCUCCAGAUGUUUUAUCUGUGAGCAAAUCUGGAAUGACAGCUGCCCUUCCCCCAACAGACGUGUCGGCCAGCAUAGGUAGCACCCCAAGGGGGGCCAGCAGCCUGACCGAGCCCAGCUAUUCCAGCAGUAACUGUGGGAGUCACACAGCCACCAGUCUACACUCUGGUCUGUCCUCUCAGGAAUACGCUACGGGCUACAAUGGCUCCUACCUGCACUCUAGUUACAGCGGGCAGACCGCCUCAGGCCUCCCCUCUCCAUUGCACAAUGCUGGUCUCCUACAACCCCCGCCCCCACCCCCACCACCUCCCCCUACUCUAGUGCCCAGCUACAACGCGGGGUCUCCCAACCUCUCCAACUACAAUUAUCCUCCGACAGGGUAUCCCCCACAGACAGCUGUUGCCCCUAGCUAUAGCCCUGGGGGAGCCCCACCUCCCUCUGCCUAUCUGCCAUCAGGCAUCGCAGCUCCCACGCCCCUAACCCCCUCUACACUCCCUGGCUAUAGCUACCAGUCCCAUAACCAUGCACCAAUUGCACCAACACCUUUGAAUGGCAGCUCAGCCAACUCAUUGAAAAGAAAAGCUUUCUACAUGACGGGGCAUGGAGAUAUGGACUCCAGCUAUAGUAAUUUCAACUACAACCAACAGCGCUCCUCACAAAGCCCUAUGUACAGAAUACCAGACAACAGCAUCUCAGACUCAAGCAGAGGGAAUGGAUUUGACAGGAAUGCUGAUCCGUCAUCUUUAGCAUUUAAGCACACGAAGCAGCCAAUAUCCUCAGAUCAGCAAAGAAAAUGUUGCAGUCAGUCUGGCCGAGCAUUAACCCCUCCCUCCUAUGGAUCAACCAAAAGCUCUGUGGGAGGCCUGAGAUCGGGCGAGUCCUUUGGAAAGUUUGGAACCCCCAUAAUGAAUGAGCACAGUGAAGAGCAUAGACAGCUCCUCUCCCAUUCCAUAGCAGGGUCGGACAUUGGCAGCGCUACCUCAUCCAGCCACACUGCAGAGGAGCAGCUGAAGAACAGUGAUGCCAACCUCGUGGAGUUGGUCACCACAGAGAUCCUUCAGCCCGGUCCCCCAGUAGACUGGAAUGACAUUGCAGGUCUGGAGCUGGCCAAAGCAGCCAUCAAAGAAGAGAUUCUGUGGCCCAUUUUGAGGCCAGACAUGUUCAGUGGACUUGCCACAUUACCUCGGAGCCUCCUUCUCUUCGGACCUCAGGGAACAGGCAGAACACUGCUGGGCCGCUGCAUGGCCAGCCAGCUGGGGGCUGCCUUCCUGCGGCUCAGUGGCUCAGCCCUGGUGACCAAGUGGCUGGGAGAGGGAGAGAAGAUUGUCCAGGCCUCCUUCCUGGUAGCCAGGUGUCGCCAGCCCUCAGUGGUGUUCAUCAGUGAGGUGGACAUGCUGCUUUCGGCCCAGCUCAGCGAGGAGAGCCCAGUGAAUAGGAUCAAGAGCGAGCUCCUCAUGCAGCUGGACAGUGUGCUGACCUCAGCCGAGGACCACGUCCUGGUGGUCUGCUCCUCCAGCAAGCCUGAGGAGAUCCAAGAGUCCCUGAGGAGGUACUUCACCAAACGGCUUCUCAUCCCCCUACCUGACAGCACAGCACGACACCAGAUAAUCAGCCAACUGCUCUCACAGCACAACUAUUGCCUCAGUGACAAAGAGCUGUCACUGCUGGUCCAGCGGACGGAGGGCUUUUCAGGACUGGACGUGGCCCGGCUGUGCCAUGAGGCAGUAGUAGGACCGAUACAUGGCAUCCCAGCUUCUGACCUCUCAGCCAUCCAUCCCAGCCAGAUGAGACCAGUCUCUUACCAAGACUUUGACAAUGUAUUUAGCAAAUUCCAGUCCAACAUAUCACAAAAAGAACUGGACACAUACACCGAAUGGAAUAAAAUGUUUGGUUGCAGUCAAUGAAACUGAAGCAUUCGAACACGUGGGAAGGAAACCCCUUUCAGAAGGAUACCAUUUAGAAUUCUCAGUAAACAGGAAGUGGACAAGAGAAUAAUACAGGUCGUGGUGACUUUAACACCUGCAGUACAGUAAAGGCGUAAAGGUAGGCCUUAGAGAAGCGGAGGCAUGCUUUACACAACGGCUGGCAAUCUGCACACAACACAUAGAGAAAUGUUAUUUUGAUGCUUGAAACGGAUGAGGCCAAGCAUCGCCUACCAAGGUGCAAGUGGGUAGACUUUAACAGGAUGGAACCCCUGUGUGUAUAUAUCAGUUUGCUGUUCUGGAGAUUUAGUUGCUAUCAAGUGCCUGAAGUGGUGCUCUUUUAUUUUAUAAUAUUAUCUCUUCGCCUCACAAUCUACAUUGAUGGCAUGUGCUAAUAUAAAAAGCUUUAAUAUGAGACAAAAACUACAAAAUUGCUUUUUUUCCAUUGAAACAGUAUUCCUCAACUGUGUCUGUUUUGCGCUCUCUGUGGACAGUAGAAAGUACAUGUGUUACUGGUAAUCUGAACCCUAAUUUAUAGACAUCAUUUAUUUUGAUGUUCUCUCUUUAUGAAAACUCAGGAAAGUGAUUGUGAUAUGUACAGUACCUCAAAGAUUGUUUCAAAGCACUAAACAUUUGGCUUGCGUUUGAAUUUGCAUUAUCAAAAAUGGAGGGUUUACGGUACCUGGAAAGGCUAAAAAUGAGUAUGACAUUGAAUGUACCAGAGUGAUUCUGGAGUAUUUGGAAGACAAACGGAGAAGUGUCGUGUUUUUCUUUGCAAUUUCCCAAGUGAAGAAUCCUAUUGUGAAUAUAGUUUUAUUUGAUAUGUGGCAAAGAUGGAGGAAUGACGUUUCUUUUAUCAACUACAACACAUUCGACCGGCCUUCAUCGACCGGCCACAGUACAUUAAGAGAACACAUUUUUAGGAUGUAUGUUUUUGCUAAACCUCAUCUGUAGGAGAAAGCAUAGCAUAUGUAUUUGUCGAAUAUUGUCAGCAGCUUAAAUUUGUAUCUCAUCUGCAGAUAAAACUGUCCGGCCACUUGCGGAGAAAUGUGUAAGGCUGAAAACGAGCCUCUCGAGGUUGAAACAGACCGUUUCCUCCAAGGUAUUUCAUUCCAUCCCGCUGCUAGUUUAUCACGAAUGAAAACGAAGGAUUAUGUAUGCCCUAAGUUUUCUACCUCAGUUUAUUAGUUUUCUCUGAAAGCAGAAUCUAAGGUUAGGGCAAGAUGACAGAGCCUAUUUCGCUCAUUAAACUAUGAAGCCUUUUGAGGGAACAAAAAAGCUGCCUUGCUGACAACAAAAUCAGCUUAAGUUAGUGUUACGCCAGUGUCGUCCCCAUUCAUAGACACCUAUGUACAUGGAGUAUUCAUUUCUCAGAACAUGAGCAGGGUGGUCUUGAAAAGGGGUCUGGAGACGUGUGUCCGUUAGCCCUAUCUUUAAGCCCUUGGUCUAGGGUCAUUUCUUACAGCAAAGCUAUGUUGUUACUAACUAUCAGUGUUUAGUAAUGUGCCAGAAAAGGGGCAAUGGAGACACAAGGCCUGAUGAAUGCAUGAAAAAGCCUUGCAUUUGUUUUUUGUUUUUUGUUCCCCCCCCCCGCUAUAGCAGUAUGAAAACUGUCAGAACGCACGAGUGCAUUGAAAGGGAUGUCCUACAGUACCACUGAAAGUAUUAUCAGUACAGCGCAACUGCACUGAGGGAUCUUGGGUUUGAGUUCACCCGCAUUUCAACGUGAUAUUUUCCCAAUUUGUGUUUCAUACGUCUUUCUCAGCUUAUUGUGUUUACAAUGACAACAUAUAUAUUGUUCACCUCCAAUGGCGGCACUUACUGAGCAACAGGAGGCUGUAGAAUCACUGGCUGUCUAUGACUGUUUCAUGUUCUAGUGUAGUCUUAUGACCAACGUUAACCUGGCAACAGCUGCUUUUUCAUGUUACACUAUUAUAAAGAAUAACAGCUGCACAAGAAACAACACUCCGAUUUUGCUAUAUGGCUUUUAUUGCCAUAGUUAGAUGGGAUAAAAGUCCCCUGAAGUUAAGUGUAGUUAACCAAAUGCACUUUUGAAGCUUUGUUUUGUCAUACAACAAUUUGUUGUCAAGUCUCCACUUGAAGCCAAAGUGAAAUCAACAGUUUUAUUUUGACAUAAGAUAUUUAAACUGAAACUGGCAAUUACUUACUUUAAUAGCGAGGUAAGCAAUUUUGCUUAUGCCAAUAGGGCAUGUUUAUUCAUGAAUUUAAGGCAAAGCAAUUAAACAUAUUGAAACGAGCUGUUCAACAAGUUAUUUAUACAUUACAAUACACUACAUUACACUAAUUAUACAAGCAGUAGAACAGGAAAAACUAAGGGAUGAGAAGAAAAACUUCACUAACAUCCAAACAAAUACAGUUUCUCAAAGUAAUUUCGUUUGGAGGGCAACAAUGUAAAGGAUAGGCCUUUAAGUACAACGAACUGGCUACGGAAAGGUUGAUAAGCACAUCUAUUCUCCUUCACGUCUGACGUCAACGUUAAUCACUUGAAUGUUGCUUUCCAGCCUGUAUCACUUGUCCCUCUGGGUGGGUUUUUUGUUUCCCGAGCUGCUCUAGACGUCGGCUUCAUCUUUAUGUCGUUCUUAUCCGUUAUCCUAUUUAAACGUUUGUUCUUUAUAACCAUUUCUACCUCAUUGCUACAUAUUGUACAUGUAGUACUUACGUUCUGUCUUUUUUUGAAUGUCAUGCAUUUGUACAAAAAUAAAGAAACAAAAACAAACGACGGCAACAACAACAACAAAAAAACGCUAAAAGAAAAAAAAUGGACCAAAAAAUGAACAGCUUACCUCCGAAAGACAGUCCUUACACCAGAACAGUAUUAUCAGCAGAACUGAGAAGACACAUUAGUGAGUGUGAAGUUGACGCUGAUGCAUACAUGAGAUACUGACUUCUGUGGGAUAUAUAGGUACUCAUAAUGCCACAUUUCUGCAAGUAUAUUGUGGGCUGUAUAGGUCUUUCUCUAGGGUCUCCAAUGCAAAUUCCGUUUUUAAACUAGAAUGUACUUUGCUUUAAUAUUUUGUGAACUGUUGUAGUGCGCAUGUUAAUGUGUCUUUGUGUGCACUUACAAUUCAAUGUGUAAGUGUGUUGGGUUAACAUAUUUAGAUAUGUGAAAUUACAAAUUUAUACAUUUCAUACAUAUGUACAGGAAAUAAACUUGCACAUAUGUGUACUCAAUGUACAUUUGCUAUUGAUAUAUACAUAUUAAAAUGCACCACAUACAGUACAGUACAUGUUUAUAUGUGUGUAUGUAUUGCCAUACCUACAGUAAACGUCAAUGUAUUUUCAUCUAUUCCAAGGUACAGUACAAAAAAAAAAAAACACAUAAAAUAUUGAAUAAAGAUGUUUUUUUUCUGGAAA